GCAUCCCGGCCCAAAGACGUCGUCGAUUAUCGUUUUUUCGUGCGGAGCAUCAUUCGCCAUGCUGACUUGCUUUCGAAUGCUGCUUCUUUUGAAUUCCUUCAAUCGGAGGCGGAGCGAGUUCUUCUUGAGUCAAUGGAUGCCCUUGAAAUGGCUUUCACACAUCCUGAUGCACAGCGUACGACGGGGAACCAUAUCUUCCUAAACUUUGUACCAACUCUUUCGCUUGAGGACAUGAAUCAGCUCGAGUCGACUGUCCGAGAGACUGUAAUUCGCUUUGGACGCCGACUUCAAUGCUUAUGGCUAACCGUUGAUUUCCUCGAACAGAUCUGA